AUGUUGCAGGCAAAAUAGAGACUCCGGAGGUUACCAUGUCUGCUUUAAACUGGAAGCCUUUUAUAUAUGGAGGAUUAGCGUCAAUUACAGCUGAAUGUGGCACUUUUCCUAUAGACUUGACAAAAACACGGCUUCAGGUGCAAGGACAAGCAAAUGAUGCAAAAUACAAAGAAAUCCGCUACCGAGGAAUGCUCCAUGCACUGGUCAGAAUAGGUCAAGAGGAGGGAUUUAAAGCUCUGUAUUCUGGGAUUGCACCAGCAAUGCUUCGCCAGGCAUCAUAUGGAACUAUUAAAAUCGGCACUUAUCACAGCCUGAAGAGAUUAUUUGUUGAUCGCCCUGAAGAUGAGACGUUGGUUCUUAAUGUUUUUUGUGGUGUCUUGUCUGGAGUGGUUUCCUCAUGUAUUGCCAACCCUACAGAUGUUUUAAAGAUAAGAAUGCAGGCACAAGGAAGCACAUUUCAAGGGGGAAUGAUUGGGAACUUUAUCAGCAUUUACCAGCAGGAAGGGACCAGAGGACUGUGGAAGGGAGUGUCGCUCACUGCACAGAGAGCAGCUAUAGUAGUAGGUGUGGAGUUACCCGUGUAUGAUAUCACCAAGAAACACCUCAUCCUGUCUGGACUGAUGGGAGACACCAUGUUUACACACUUUGUGUCCAGUUUUACAUGUGGAUUGGCGGGAGCUUUAGCAUCCAAUCCUGUGGAUGUUGUUCGCACACGUAUGAUGAACCAAAGUGCCAUCUGUGAUGGGUCAAGCUACAAAGGCACUCUGGAUUGUCUGCUGCAGACCUGGAAGAAUGAAGGAUUCUUUGCUUUGUACAAAGGAUUUUGGCCAAACUGGUUAAGACUGGGACCAUGGAACAUUAUUUUCUUUAUUACAUAUGAACAGCUCAAGAAGCUAAACCUGUGAUAUGGAUGUUAUUAAACUGGACAAGCCAUUUCAACGCUAAGAACCAUCUUGAAUUUCAGACCUCUGCACUUCAAACUCUUCUUGAUGUCACCAAUGAAAUGUAUCAGGAUCUGUUGACAUUUAGAGGCCAAAUGCCAGACGUCAGUGGGAAAGGCUCGCAGCAUGAAAUACUUCUGUUGAUGAAUUGGACUCUGAAGGAACAUGCAUGUGUUGUGAGCCUAGAUGAAGAACCUGCCUGCUAAGAUUCCUUUUGUUAAACAUAGCUUUUGCUUUUUAAACUCCCUUUGUAGAAGGGGUUCA